GAGGCCGAAAAGGACUUCGUGUCUGACGUCGAGUUACCUCCUGGUGAUAAUGCCGUACGACCGGCGUCUAAUGUGGACGACAAUUUGGCAUCAUUCGCAGGGCUUUCCCUGUAUUCCCCAUCCACGCCACCCCAAAAUUAUAUAGACACCAAUAUGGCUGAACCAGAAAAUGAGAACGAGGGGGAGGAGGAGGAGGAAGAGGAGGAGGAGGAGGAGUCCCUUGCAUUCUUCUCCAUUUUCGCCCCAUCCGAGCCUCGCGAGCAAGCACGCCUCACCAGUCUUUCAAACCUGAGUGCCCUCCGCCUCCUCAAUGGCGUUUCUAUCCGUUCUGCGCCGUCUGUCCCUACUGGGACGAAGCGCAUCAAACCCGGAAAUCGCCUCGUCGACCUCGAUGGCCUCCAAGAGAUUUACACCGGCAAGAUGCUAUGGAUAUACGAUACCCGAUCAAACGAAGACCAGUGCGUGCGCCUUGUGAGCCAACAGGGCUCCAACUUGUAUGGCACUGCUACUGCCGAUAGCUGGCGUGCGCGUGCUUCGCAUAUCACUGAACUCCAAGUCAAUCUUGCAUCCGGAGCAAUGAAAAUUGAUUUUGGGGGACUUGACCGCUGGGAUUACUCCGAACGAAAGCGAAAUCUGGAGGAGGGUUCCAAGUCUAUGGUCUUCUGAUCCGAUAAAAUACAAGCUGGAGAGUUGAAUUUGCUACGAUGCCGAAUUCAGCUUGUACCUUCUUGGUAAUCUUGAUGAUAUGACUCGGAAGAUUC